AGCAGGAACAUGACGCGAUGCCACCAGUUAUCACGUGAUAUUGGUUAUCCAAAUGGAUAGGCUGACAAAGAGACUACCUGCACAAAUCCAGGAAGUUGGAAAAAGUGGACAGUACACAAGUAGCCAAUGGCAGAAGAGAAUGACUUCACUGUUGCUGGACCUGUUGUUGAAAACGAGGUUCAGUCACUGCCACAUGCGUAUUCCUGCACCCUAACACCGGAGCUGGUCGCUAAGGCUAGAGAGGAGCUUCAGGAGAAGCCAGAAUGGAGACUCCGAGACGUCCAGGCUCUCAGAGAUAUGGUCCUAAAAGAUUGCCCAAACCUCAGGACUCGCUUAGACGACGGCUUCCUGUUGCGUUUCCUCCGGGCUAGGAAAUUUGACUAUGACAAAGCACUACAGCUUCUAGUCAACUACCAUGCCAGUCGACGCAGCUGGCCGGAGGUGUUCCACAAUCUCAGGCCGUCGACAAUAAAACACGUGCUGGACUCGGGGUUCCUAACUGUCCUACCACAUCCAGACCCUGACGGACGUCUUGUCUUGUGUCUCCGACCAGGGAAGUGGAGACCUAGUGACUACCCCUUUUUAGACACUAUCCGUGCAAUAUAUCUGACUCUGGAGAAACUGAUCCAGCCGGAGGAGACCCAGGUGAAUGGGCUGGUUAUUCUUGCAGACUACAAUGGGGUUGGGUUGGCCCAUGCCUCUCAGCUAGGACCUUUCCUGGCCAAGAAAGUGGUGGGAAUUCUUCAGGAUGGGUUUCCGAUUCGGAUAAAGGCAGUCAACAUCAUAAAUGAGCCCAGGAUUUUCAAGGGGAUAUUUGCCAUCAUCAAGCCUUUUCUGAAGGAGAAGAUGGCACAAAGAUUUAUUCUUCACGGGUCAGACCUGAACUCCCUUUAUCAAAGAAUCCCCUCAGGCAUCCUCCCUGAAGAGUACGGGGGCGCAGCUGGUAAACUGAACACUGCAGAUUGGUCAACAACCCUACAGAACUCUGAGGAGGAGUUUGUGGUGGAGUUCUGCCAGCCAGAUCCACUAGAGGGCGCCGCUCUACCAGACUCCAUGCUGUUUGAAGGGGAACCCUCUGAAGCACAAUGGGAUGAUUCCUACAGGGGAGCGAGGUCACAGUUAUAUUACUGUUACUGAUAUACAAAAACAUUUGGGGUCAGUACUGUUCUUGUGCAGAAGCAUAUACAAUGCUUAGUAUAGAUGUAAAAAGCAGGGCCAUUCUAUGGGAUAAGCAUUCUGCUAAUAACAUCUUGAAGGGUCCAGUUUUAAAAGUAAAGCAUGCCCCAUUUGUUUUAAUGAAAAAUAGUUGCAAAUAGGUCAAUUAUUUUAUUGUUUUGUUAUAUUUAGAAACAAUGGAGGAAAGCUUUUAUAAUUGGUGACAGUGACACCACCAAGUUAAUUUCCAUUAUGACAUUACAUAUUUAUUAGAAAAUUGAUUCCGUACCAACAGCCGAUCACCUUCCAGCUCUAGCUGGCUUCUAUCAGGUGGCAGAUGCCAGUUUCAUACUUCAAAUGUGUAAAGCACAGAACAGUACUACCCAAAAGCAAUAAACUAUUCCUUACUGAUCAUAUUAUCUUUUUUUCUGUUUAGCAUUUCAUUUUUCUUCUUUGAAAAAGGUUUAUAUAAUCAGCAUUGUGUUUUUUUUUUGUUUUAUUUCAUGUACAGUAGAGUCAAUUAUCUGAACUAAUUGGGACUGCUACUAAGUUGCAUAAUCGAUUUGUAUAGAUAAUCUAACAGGUAUUAAUAACAAUUACUGUACCUUUAAUAAUAUAUAGAAUAAAGUUAACAUACACAAGUACCUACUGAUGUUAUAUAGCUGGUAACCUAUUCUAUCACAUUAAGCAUACAAAAUUACAAAGCUUUACAAAUCAUUAAAUUAAUGCAAUUAAUUUAAUCUACAGUUAAGGUAAUGAAAUACUGUCAUUAAACGUACCAUAUACCAAACUUUGAAAAUCAAAGAAUACAAUUCAGCACAACUUUGACACAUUACAGAACUUUAGGAAUCAUUAAACUUCAAAAAUUCAAAUACUUUGAUACUUGCUGUUAAGGCAUUGUAAUAACAUGCAAUUGAAAUGAAUAAAAGUUCUUAGCUGCUCAAUAACAGACAGGAUCUCCGGCCCUUACUGACGAAAUAGAAGAAAAAUCAAGAGCGAGGUCACUGUUUUAAUUUGCUUAACUGCAACAAUUUAAAGCACACGAUGCUCUAGCUAAGGGUUUGGUGGUCUGAAUAAUUCUUCCAUUUGCCUCAGUCUGCUGGUCCUUUUUUGGGGAAGCUAAAUCUCGUAGCCAUUUUAGCAGCAGAAGCUGUGUGUGUAAUACACCACACGCAAUUCAUCACGUGAUUACAGAUGCGUUCCGUUGAUUAGACAGUACGGUUGAUCAAAGAUCGGAUAAUUGACUCUCUACUGUAUAUAUAAAAGGAGAAUAACAUGUAAAUGUCCAGUGUUACAAAACUUUUGAAAUUAGAGACGACAAAAUAUAUGAUUUUAGAUACAGACCACAUGCAUUCUUUUAAUAAAAUAACUGGUGAUAAUCCGUAUCUGGUUAUAUCAAAUAACAUGUCUGUCUUUUGUAAUUGCCAAAUGCAUCUGAUUUAAAUGUGGCAUGAAGCUGUAUCUAAAAUGCAUUUUUGCUUCAUAUUGACAGUGAGCUUUUACACGAUUCUAAAUAUAGAUUCCGAUAGCUAUAGACAUGUUGGUAGAAACUGGGUUAGCAAAAUAUGAUUUUGCCUUGUGGCCAGAGAAUUAGUUGCUCCAUAAACAUGUUUUUCAUGUUACAACCUUUUGAUUGCCAUACUAAAUGGUACUCUGAAGGGACCUUAAACAUUUAGUUUAAUGUGCAAAUGUAACGGCCAAUAUCAUCUUAUUAUUUAAAAAAAUAAUUUAUAGUAAAAUGUAUCUGUAUUUGUGGCUUCUACUUGAGAAUAAGCACUGAUACUGCGAUAAAAGCGAUUCAGUGUUACAGAUGGUUUGAGUCUCUUGGAGAGUUAACACAAACCACAUUCGGUUUCAAUGCAUACUUAAUGACAAACUGAACAGAAUCAAUUCAUUUUCAAAAUAAAUCUUAUUUCAGCCACCAGACUGGAUGUAAUUGAAGAACGACUCAAUUUCCAUGUAGAAAACAGCUUGCAUCACAACUGUUUAAACAGACUCUCGAAGAGUUCCAAAUAUGUUUGAUCAAAACUGUAAUGUUACAUCUUUGUAGUUUUAUUACGUGUUGACUGCUGUUGUCUGUUUUGUGUUGCCUUGUUCGGACACCUGUGUAAAUCAUUUGUGAGGGUAAAUCUCCCCACAAAUACUUUAUUUUAAGCCUUAAAAGGGACUGAUGCUUCUUCUGUACAUUGUGCCAAACGAUUACUCUCAGGAAUUCAAUCCAACUGUUCUGCAAUUAUAUUACAAGCUAUUCUAAAUAAAGUUCAAAAUGAAA